CUACUGCUCUAGUUAUUUUACCAGCUCUCUAACGACUUUACCUGACUCCAACACAGACCUUUAACUCACUUUCAUUCGACGCACAAGGCUUCUUUCUCAGCUUCCGCUUCUUCCGUCUUGUUAAGUUGCUACGAAGAGACCGCAGCCCGAAGUGACAUUUAGCGUGAAGUUACGUUAAUUCAUUCAUCACAACAAUGGCAGCACAGGAUUUUAAUUUUUUGCUUGCGACGGAUUCGUAUAAGAUCACACACUACAAACAGUAUCCUCCCAACGUCAGCAAAAUCUACUCCUACUUUGAAUGCAGACGUAAGAAAGGCACCCAGUUCAAUGAGGUGGUGUUCUUCGGUCUCCAAUACCUGUUGAAGAAGUACCUCACAGGCCCAGUGAUCACAGAGGAGAAGAUUCAGGAAGCCAAGCUCUUCUACCAGAUGCACUUCAAACAGGCUGUGUUCGAUGAAGAAGGCUGGAGGAAAGUCCUUGAGAAACACGAUGGCCGUCUUCCUAUUCGGAUCAAAGCUGUCCCCGAGGGCAGGAUCAUACCUAGAGGCAACGUGCUCUUCACUGUGGAGAACACCGAUCCAAACUUCUACUGGCUCACUAACUACAUUGAGACCAUGCUGGUCCAGAUGUGGUAUCCCAUCACAGUAGCCACCAUUUCCCGGGAGUUUAAGAAGAUCCUGGCCAAGCACCUGAAAGCCACCUCAGGGAGCCUGGAGGGCCUGGACCUGAAACUGCAUGACUUUGGCUACAGAGGAGUGUCUUCACAGGAGUCUGCAGCUCUCGGUGGAGCUGCUCAUCUGGUUAAUUUCUGCAGCACAGACACAGUAGCUGGACUGUUGAUGGCUCAGAGAUACUACAGCUGCCCAAUGGCUGGGUUCUCCAUUCCAGCAGCAGAGCAUAGCACCAUCAUAUCCUGGGGGAAGAGCAGGGAGAAGGAUGCAUUUGAGCGAGUCCUGGACCAGUUCUCCUCUGGACCGGUCUCAGUGGUCAGUGACAGCUAUGACAUCUUCAAUGCCUGCAAACACAUCUGGGGAGACAAGCUGAAGGAGCGAGUCAUGGAGCGCAGCCAGGACUCCUGUCUGGUCAUUCGCCCGGACUCUGGAGACCCUGCAGAGACUCUUAUUGAGGUCAUCAAGAUUUUGGAGGAGUGUUUUGGCUGUUCUCUGAACUCCAUGGGAUACAAGGUGCUGCCUUCCUACCUACGAAUUAUUCAAGGAGACGGCAUUGACCUCAACUCAGUGGAUGAGAUUCUGCAGAAGUUGAGUGAUGAAGGCUGGAGUGCCGAGAAUGUUUUCUUCGGUUGUGGCAGCGCUUUGCUUCAGAAGCUCAACAGAGAUACACUCAGCUGUGCCUUCAAGUGCAGCUAUGUGGAGACUAACGGCAAAGGAAUGGAUGUGUACAAACAGCCAGUGACCGACCCAUCUAAGAGGUCAAAGAAGGGUCGAUUAUCACUGAGGAGAAACUCUGAUGGUUUCAUAGAGACCGUAGAGAAAGGAGCAGGCAAGCCUGAGGAGGAUAUGCUGGUGACUGUGUUUGAGAACGGCAGUUUGCUGCAAGAGUACUCCCUCGAGGAGAUCAGGAAGAACGCCCGACUGCGUGACAAGGAGAUGAACCCCACCCUGCACAACCACAAAGAGGAGCUGCUGCACAAUCACAUCAUCAACGGGAUUCAUUAGAUCAGCCACAAAGCCUCUUGCUGUGCACAUGGUACUUCAGUCUUUAACGGGGUGCACUGGCUUCCUCUGUGGAGGGAAUGAAGACUGCAGUGUUUUAGAGUCACCCAUCACAAUAACAACUGGACAUGUUGAAACCCCCUCCACCCCUCACACACUCACCUCAUCCUGAGGAGGCCGAUGGUGAGAUUGUUUUCAGGUAGAUCAGCUUCUUUCGCUUUCUAUUGUGGCCAGAACACAGUUCACUCCUCUUUAUAUCUAUAUAUGUGAGGCUGUGUGAGCACACAAUUACACUGCCCUCUAAUGGCCACAACCAUCACAACUGAAGCUCAGGGUCAAAUAUCAUAAGCUAUAGUAGUUUUUUCUCCUUUCGUUUAUGGAUUUAAACAUACACACCCCAAGUUGAGGGUUGCUACUAAACACUAAAAUAGACAUAGGGUGUGUAUCUUUAAAGAAGGCAGAUUUUAACAUAUAAUAUAUGCAGUUACAUCUUGAGCAUUUUCAGGUUAAAAAAACUGAUGCUUCCAAAAAUUCCAAGCUUCCAUGUAUUUUUUGUUUUACAGGUAGAGUAGAAAAAUGUUUGAAGCAGCAUUUUACACUACAAGGCGCUAAAAUCCACCAUCACUCAAUAUGCAUUGUAUAGUAUUAAUUAGAGUGCCACAUCAACAGGUGUGGGCAACACUGUGUAUUUGAUAUACAAUACUUAACUUAAGGUCAGUGUCAGCUCCACAUAUCAGCACAACUCCAGCCAUACUUUCUGCUUUGUUUGUAAGGGACAACAUCAGUCCUGUAGAAUCCACAGCUUGAACAAACACCUUAGACUGUAGAUCACAUCAGAUUGUAGAUAUGAAAGGAGGACAAACCCUGUAUGAUAUCUCAAUGAGGAUAUCACAACACUGAGCAGAUUGUGCUACACUGCCACAGUUCGAUGACUUCUGAUGCCGGAGGCCCACAAAGCACACUCCAUUUCAUCAUCAGGUCUACUGAAAUAUUCUGCCAGUGUCCAAAUUGUUAGUCUAAUUCUCUGGUUUCCAUCUUUUUUGAUUUGUGACCAUUUAAAGUGAAGCAGUGUGUACUUGUGACCCCUUGCCAUUAGUUUAGUGUUUAUGAGUUGUGAGCAGUUCAACUAACCAAAGACUCAUUUUUAAUAUCAGUUUGGGUUUUAUGGCAAUUUGUAGAGGUCUAAGGAGGGAUAUGGCCUCAUUUUAAAUUCCAUAAAUAUGAGCAAAAGGUGACUUUACAGUGUUCUCAUCAGACAUAUACGGUGCUUAUUCACACUUUCAUAUUCUACCAUUUAAACAACUUCCAAAUUUCUUUAUGUCCUGUGAUACAGUGACAUACAACAAGACAUAAGUAUUUGUUCCUCCUGGAGAAUAACAUUAUAAAGAAUGAUUAUUACAACUGAUGUUCUAAUAUGAAAAAUCUGUUACCCUGAAAUGCUGAAAGCUACAGUUAACACAAUGUUUUAGCUUUGAAUUGUUUCCAUUUAAACAGUGUUGCUGCUGUAAAGAUAUACAUUAGAGGCAUAUUGCACUAAUCUCCCAACUGCCUGCACAGACUGUAUGCAUCCUCUCUGUUAGUAAAAGUAAAAUGUAACCAUUAUCUGUCAUGGAUUGGAUUGGAUUUGUCAAAAUGUAACAUUUUAAUCUCCUUGAAACAUGUUAUAAAAAAAUUGUGAAUUAAUUUGAUUAUUAAGAAUUAGAUUUUCAUCACUUGAUUUUGAAUAUUUUGUAAAUAACAAUGAUAUUAAGACAAUGCAUUGAAAUUCAUCUCAGUUAUAAAUAGUGAGUGUGAUAAUAAUGAAAUGAUGCGAGUGAUUUCAACAGCAAGAAUGAAACAUUUUAUCUGUUUUAAACAAAAAAGAAAACUAUCAA